AUGCACCGCGCCGCCAGCAUCAGCACCAGCCUGGUGGUGGCGGUUGAGGUGACCCAGCCCUCGCUCGGGGUGGGCUAUGAGCUGGCCCAGGCCGUGGCCCUCAGCAAACCCGUCCUCCGCCUGUUCUGUCCACAGUCCGGCCGAGACAAGGUGCUGUCGGCCAUGAUCCGGGGCGCAGUAGAUGGGGAGCGAUUCCAGGUGUGGGACUAUGAAGAGGCUGACGUGGAGAUGCUCUUGGACUGCUACUUUGCUACCGACCCACCUGGAGCCUGCCAGUAGUCUCUUGGACCCUCUGAGCCCUGGGGACUCAAGUGCCUCUUCUCCCUCCCUUCCCCCUAAACUGUGAGCCCCUUAUGGGAUAGGGACUGAGUCUGAUCUGAUUUAUCUUGUAACUACCCGAGCUAUUAGUACAGUGCUUGGCACGUAGUAAAUGUUUCACCUUAUUAUUAAUAAUUCUGAGACGAUUACCUCCUUCAAGAGCCAUGUUGGGGCUUUAAUGUCUAAGGGGCUGGGAACUGGGGUGGGAGCCCUUGAGCUGUGUAAAAGUGAAAACCUCUUAAAUAAUGUUUCUCUGACCAUCCCCAAGUGCCCCCCAGUUUGGCCUAAGGAUCCCGGAUAAAAAGACUUUGCCUUCCUCCUUGCGUCCCACCACCAGCGGAAUCUAGGUAGGGAAAAGAGAGGAGAAGGACUGCUUCAGAGACAGCACGGUCACCGUUGGCAGAGUUAGAAUGCAGAUGGCACCCUGGGUGAAACUGGAUGGGCAUGAGACACCCCUCCCACUCAACCAGUCCUCUUUACCACCAGAUCUGAGAACAAAGCUUUGUCUCUUUUAUCGUGUUUUUGUGUUUUCAUCUCUUCUUCUGUAUCUGUUGCCAAACCCCUCCCCACUAGGUUCUUAGAUUGUGAGUCUCUGGAGGAACAGAGGAUGUGCCUAAUUCUCUUCUGUGUAUUAUUUCCCCAGCACUUGGUACAGUGCUUUGCACACAGGUUCUUAAUAAAGUUAUACUCCAUUGCUAAAAAGGGAUGGGUGUAUGUGAAUAUACAAGCAUUCAUUGGCAAGACUGUUGGCUGUGAAGGUGGUUGUGGUGGUCACAGUUCGCAGUUUGUGUUUGCUGCGUAUCCCUGUGUAAGGUAGAAAGUUCCAUUAUAUAUAGGAUUUGGCAGGAUUUCAAAAGGUGCAAUUCUGGGAAUUAUGUCAGAUUAUAAUUGGAGUAAGC